AUGAAAAUUUCAAUUCUUUAUUCUGAAAUAGUUGGAUUUCAAAAUACUAUGAAAAGCAUUGUUUUAAUAUCUGUGACUACACCCAAGAUUGAAACAUUAACUGAAACUUCAACUGCUUUUGUUAUUAAAUCAAAUAUUGUCUGUAUUUGUUCGAGAGCAGUAGUACUGAUCUUGAUAUCAUCUUUAAGCUCCAAUAAUAAAAUACAAAUAAGUAAAGAUGAAAUCAAGAUCAGAACCACUGCGCUCGAACAGGUUAUGAGUCCUUCUCUUGACUUUAAUUAUAAUUUGUAG